UGAGUGUGUGUGUGUGUGUGUGUGCGUGUGUGUGUGUGUGUGUGUGCGAGCAGCAGUCAGUCCCCCGUCGGCGGUGUCUGUUCUGGAGCUGGGGAAGAAUACUCUGAGGGUGUGCUGGGAGGAUGCACCAGGACAGGUGCAUGAUGGGUACUUCCUGUAUCUCCGCCCCCUCUCCCAGCAAAGCCUUAGCAGGGAAUUGUGGGUAAACAGCUCCCUGUGCGCCACACUGAGCAUGCUCACAGCGGGGGAGACCUAUGAGGUGGGCGUGGCUACAGUGAGGGGCGGGAACAGGAGUGAGGAGAAGAGUGUUCGACAGACAUUAGAGCCAGAGGGUGUGCUCUUCGCCAUGCCCUUCUCAGCACACACACACUCCGUGGUGCUGCAUGUGCAUUUCCCCCCUACUGGCCUUUAUGAUGGCGUCCGUGUGAGCCACGCCCACAACAGCUCCUGGAUACCUGUCACCAGGGGCGACGACAAGGUUGCCGUGGGUGACCUGACCCCAGGCUCAGAGUACGACCUCAUCGUGUUUGUGACCAGUGGAGAGAAGACCAGUGUUGGAUAUCACGUCCACCAUGUUAAAACAUGUGUGGCGUCCCCCAGGCGUGUGUGUGAGGGGCGGGUGACUGACACGUCCAUAGAGAUCCUCUGGGACCCUGCAGAGGGAGACACACACACAUAUGAAGCCAUCUGCUUGGACUGUGCUGACGCUGUCAUGGUGCAGAAGGUUGUGGAGGAGAGAGCAGUGUUUAGCGGCUUCCUCCCUGGCCAAGUGUUCAACUUCUCUGUGCGCUCUGAGAAAGAGUCCUACAGAGACAGUCCAGCAGUCUACCUCAGUGUCAGAGCAGCCCCCAGUCCAGUGGUGCUGUUGGGACUAAAGAAGAUGACGUCAUCAAUCACCAUCAGCUGGAGAGAAGGCCUGGGGUUGUGCGAUGGGUUCCUACUGUCAAUCAAAAACAUGACCUUUAACCUACAGAAGAUGCUCAGUGGCUCAGAGGCGAGAGUGCAUUGCUUUGAUGACCUUUCACCCGGAAGUGAUUACCACAUAGAGGUAACGAGCCUGAGUGGAGAGAAGAACAGUGAUGUCACGUCUGUUAGGGACCACACAGGACGGUUCCUUCCAAGUCGGGUCCUUCAGAGGCUGGGCAAGACUCCUUCCCAGCAUUCGGAGAGCCACCAAUGGAACCGUCUAGCAGGUGUGCAGACUACUUCUUUACCAAAUCACUAUGAGCAAACUGAACACUUACACUGCCCUCUGCUGGUAAGGCUGCGUAACUACACCUGUUUCCUCUCAGUUCCAGUGCCUCCACAGGAAGUGGUCUUCAUUGAACAGGGAGUCAGCUCCAUGUACAUCAGGUGGACACACCCACCGGGCAGGGAUGAGGGUUUCUGGGUACAGCAUGUGCUGAGAUCUGAUCCAACUACCACUCGUGAUGCCCGUAUCCAUGGCAACAGCAUCUGUCUGAGGGACCUGCUGCCAGGAAGUGAUUAUGAGUUCAGCAUCAGGACCAUACUGGGAGAAGACAUGAGUGACACGUACUCAACACACUUCAGUACACGUCCAACUGGAGUGUGCUCCCUCUCUGUCUCUCCAGUGAACUCGACAUCAGUGAGGUUGUCGUGGCAACCAGCUGUGGGCCCCUUUGACUUCCACAGAGUGACGUUGAGCAGAACACCCCCCCACACUAACCCUAACCCACCACCCCCCCACUCCUCCUCCCACUGGGCCUCCUGGGAACUGAGAGUGGGCCCUGGAGGUCAGGAGGUCACGGUGGGGGGGCUGAAGGAGGGCUGCUCCUACAACGCCACCGUGGAGCGGGUCAGGGGGAACCUCACAGGGACCCCCACCAGGCUGACCAUACACACAGAUCCAGCCAGUCCUCAGGGUGUGCGAGUGAGCAGUGUGUCAGAACAGGGUUUCUCUCUGCACUGGGAGAAGGCAGAAGGGUGUGUGCAGGAGUACCUGCUGAAGCUCUCACCUGACCACGGCACCGUCAACAUCACACACACACAGGCGGACGUUGCCAAUCUGACUCCAGGCACCUCUUACUCCGUGUCUCUGAACGCCGUCUCCCCCUCGGCUCACAGCUCUCCAGUCAGCCGCAUCGUCACCACAAACGCCUCUGCUCCAGCUGCUCCAUCUGAUCUUGAGGGGGAAAGGGUGGGGUCUAAUGGAAUCCUCCUAUCAUGGAAGACCCCUCCUGAUGACUCCGUCCAAUCAUUCGUCAUCCAGUACAAGGAGGUGUGUCCUCACCCUGACGUGGCCUUCACUGAACUCACCAGGAGUCUGUACAUCCCAGAGUACCUGCUGAACACACUCAUACCUGGAGCUACCUAUAACAUCAAGGUGGGCUCAGAAAAUAGGGAUGGAGUCAGAUCCUGGAGUAAAUCCCUCUUCAUCAAGACCUCGGAGGCUCCCCCUGGUCUGGUGACCAACCUGACAGCGGUACCGGAGAACCACACCUCCGUGAAGGUGACGUGGUUCCUGCCGAAGCGCAUCAACGGCCUGAUCACUAAGUUUGCAGUGAAGGCCAAACACGCGCGCACCGGUCAGACCGUGGAGAUCCUGGAGGUCAACGCAGAGGAGAUCAUGAAUGGAGCCCUGCCUCACUGCAAUGAUGCGGCGGACAUCUUGUCCCGUGGGACGCCCAGCCCGGAGGACUCGUCUCUGACCUCGGCGUCGGCGCCCCCGCCCCCAGUGACGCUCUCGGCCGUGCCCCCCGCCUCCACCUGGAGCGUGCCAAUCAGCGUGGGCAUGGCCAGGCUCCUCCCCUACACCGCCUACGUCUUUGAAGUCUCUGCCUUCACCAGCGACGGGGAGGGGCAGAUCGCCAGCACUAUGACCCGCACGCCUGAGUCAGCUCCAGACGACCCCCCUCAGAACCUGGUGGUGGGGAACGUGACGUCUCAGUCUGUCUCUCUGUCCUGGGAACCUCCUGCCAUCAUCACAGGACGCUUUAGCUACAUCUUAAAGCUCUACGGACCCACAGGGUACAUCUUUGAGAACGGCACUAGUGAUCUGAAGUUCGUGUACUCUGGCUUGACCCCGUACACACACUACCGCAUCGGUGUGAGGGCCAAGUCUGCUGGGUUACUGGGCCCAGAGGCAGAGGCCUACAUACUCACCACCGCUGAGACUCCUAGUGCUGUCUCCCUGUUAAGUGCUGAAGCUGUGGACUCUACCUCUGUGCGUUUGUCCUGGAGAACGCCCACUCAACCAAACGGACCAAUCACACGCUACCGCAUACGUGUGGUCUACAAUGACCUCACAGUACAGGACAUUACACUGCAUGGCCUACAGGAGAGCAACGGGACUGAUGAUGCAGAGGGUACGUCACCACGCCGUCGCCGUGGGCGAUCAGCUGACUUCACCACGGCAACCCCUCUGGCUGUGUUCACGCUGUCCGCCUCGCCCACCCUUGUCCACACCGCUGCCCAGGGCCUGACCAGCAUGACCGGUCACACCAGCGCUGACCAGCUCACAGACAACCCACCAGAGGGCGCUGUCACUGACCCGGACACUCAGACCGACACUAACUUCACUCCAACCUCAGCCCCGCCCCUCUCCCCCACUCCCCUCUCCCCCACUUCCUUCCCCUGGUUCACCGUCACCCCCGACAACAGCACUGACAGCACAGAGCAGAAUGACACUGACUCUGUAACCGUGACGAUGCCCUCUGACCUCUCACCUUUGACAUCAGGAACUGAUGAGCAGCACACCUUCACAGGUGCUACAGCCUCGGGUCACACACUCCAAACCCGGGCCGCCACACGCGCUGCAGUCACUGGGGGGAUCGAAGCGCUGCCAGCCAGUGAGGAGGUGGUGGAGCUCUCUGAUGAGAUGCUGUAUGUGGUGGGGAGUUUGCGGCCCUUCACGGAGUACUCGUUCAGUGUGUCUGCACACACACCCGUGGGAGAAGGGCCCGAGACACACGUCACAGAGACCACCAGAGAACAGGUGCCGAGCUUGGUGCAGGCGGUGACCUAUCAGAACGUGAGCUCCACCUCCAUCAUGGCCAUGUGGGAACCCCCCCUCCACCCCAACGGCCAGAUCACACACUACACCAUCUACAGCCUCAACCUCAACACACAACAGGCACAAACACACACCACAGGCAAUACCAGCAUCCUCAUCACAGGCCUGGAGAAGUAUAGCAGCUAUAAGCUGCGUGUGGCCGCCUCGACCAUGGUGGGAAUGAGUCCUCUGUCUGAAGAAGAUGACAUAUAUGUAUUAACACUUGAGGAUGAGCCUGACUCACCUCCUCGUGACCUGAUGCUGGUGGAGACAACCGCAUCCACGGCAACUGUCUCCUGGCAACUGCCAGAGAAGCCCAAUGGCAUCAUUCGAGUGUAUGAGGUUUCCUACGGCAACACCUCCUACACACACACACUCAACACCUCUGCCCUGACGGUCACCUUGCGCCAGCUGUGGCCUUACACACACUACAACGUCACGGUGCGCGCAUACACACGCCUGGGCCACGGGGACCAGGCGUCUGACACCCUGCAGAUCCGGUCAGGAGAGGACGUGCCUGGUAGCCCACCGUACGGGCUGUCCUAUGAGAGCCUGAGCCCGAGCGAGGUGAACGUGAGCUGGGCCCCCCCCCUGCAGCCCAACGGCCUCAUCGUGCAGUACUACGUGGAGCUGUGGAACGCCACACACACUCUCAACCUCAGCACACACACUCCGCACCUCCUCCUGUCCAGCCUCCGCAAGUACACGCGCUACGGCCUCAGUGUGCAGGCGGCCACGCGCGUCGGCACCGGCAACCACAGCAGCGAGAUCCUCAACAUCACCACUCUGGAGGACGUGCCCAGCUCUCCCCCGCAGUUCCUGCUGGCCAGGAAGCUGUCAGACUACGAGGUGCUGCUGACCUGGAGCGCGCCGCUGGAGGCCAACGCAGAGAUCCUCUACUACGCCGUCAGAGUGUGGAACCUGAGCCAUGAGUCUGUGCAGAAUGUGACGGUGACAUCGGUGGUGGUGACGGUGGCCUCUGAGGAUCAGUUCAACGCCUCGGUGUCCAGCUGGACCAGACUGGGAGACGGGGGAGUCCUCAUAUACAUCACCUUCACUACGUCUGACGCAGUACCCUCUGACCCCCCACAGAAUGUCACCAUCAGUGACGUCACACACACCUCCUUCAACCUCAGCUGGUCACCGCCCACCCAGCCCAACGGCAUCUUACAGCACUACACACUCUUCUACAGCAACAACGACACGCUUUACACACAGCGUGUCCCAGUGGCGGUGUCGUGGUGGCGUGUGUCGGGUGUGUCUGCGGGCGUGAGCUACAGCAUGUGGCUCACCUCCAGCACGGCAGCUGGGGACGGGGGCGUGGCCAGCCCGCCACUCAGCGUCACCACACUGGAGGACGUGCCCAGUGGUCCGGUCCACAACCUGUCGUCUCAGAUCUUCAGCUCCACGGCCGUCAUCGUGAGCUGGGACCCGCCCCUGGAGCCCAACGGACGCGUCUUCUACCAGCUCAGCCUGCAGGAGGCGGGCAUCACCCACGCCUCUGCCAACCGCACCGCCAACCGCACCGUCACCAAGACGACCACCGACACCGUCUAUCUCUUCACCAAGCUGCGCAAGUACUUCCCCUACAUCCUCAAGGUUACCCCGGCAACCAGGGCUGGCCCCGCCCUCAACCAUACCAGCAUGUUAUCUGUCAGGACAGAUGAAGAUGUGCCCAGUUCCCCCCCUCUCCCGGCCGGCAGCAGGAACCUGUCCUCCUCCUCCAUCUUGGUUCACUGGUCUCCUCCGGCGGAGCCCAACGGGGAGAUCCUGGAGUAUGUGGCCGUCCUGCAGAGCACGGGGGGGGUGUACAACAGCACCUACACACCCCACACACACCUGACGCUCACACAGCUCACGCCGUACACACCCUACAACCUGUCCGUCGCCGCCGUCAACCGCAAGGGCAUGGGCCCCUCCCUCCUGCUGGACCUGCACACGGAUGAAGCAGGUCCCAUGUCCCCGCCCCAGUCUCUGGAGAUUUUCAACCACACGUCCGACUCCGUGGUGCUGCGCUGGGAACCCAGUCUGGAGCCCAAUGGGCAGGUGCAGCAUUACGGCUUCAGGAUACUGGACCUCAACACACACACUCUCACCUACCAGAAUUCCACAGGUGCAGCCACCCAGGCAGAGCUGUCAGGGUUCCGGCCUCACAGGAUGUACGAGAUCAGUGUGUGUACCUACACCAGGGCAGGCCACGGAGACCAGUACAGCCACCCUGUUAUAUUCACUACCAAUGAGUCAGUGGCGGAUGCGGUGGGGAAUCUGUCCUGCACUGGGCUGAGCUGGGACUCUGUGCUGUUGGAGUGGGAGCCUCCAGCCAAUCCCAACGGAGAAAUCCUCUAUUACCUCAUCCAAUCAGAGGACAGAGAGGUGGAGGCGGACUCCGUGUCACACACACACACACACACAGUCACACACACCCUCAGCGGCCUGUGGCCAGACUCCCUCAACACCAUCACUGUGAGGCCAGUUAACUCCGCAGGCCCAGGAGAGAUGAGCAACUGCACUGCCUACACACACCCAGAGACAGCCCCUGGUCCUCCAGACGCCCUGCAGGUGACGGACGUCCAGUCCAGCUCCGUGACCCUGCAGUGGGCCGCUCCCUCUGCGCUGCCUGGGCGUCUGCAGGGCUACCGGCUGGAGGUGCAGCUGCUGCUCCUGGGCUGUGAGGCGGUCCAGGGGGAGAGGCCGGCUCCGCAGCCCCAGCCGGGGGCCUCGUGUGUGGACACGCAGGUGGAGGUGUGGGCCAACGGCACCGGAGGGAACGAGACGCUCACGCUGCAGUCGCUGCGUAAAUACAGGAAGUACCGCUUCAGGGCGGCGGCCUACACCAGCGCGGGGAUGGGGGAGUCCACGGAGUGGGUCUACACACACACGCUGGCCGGAGACCCUGAGGCCCCUCCCCGCUCCGUUGCCGUGGUUCCCUCCUCUUCUGCAAUGAGGAUCCAAUGGGAGCCUCCAGCAGUCAUCACAGGCCCCACCUCCUACCUCAUCCACGUCAGCGCAAUGGAUGGCACAGAGUUAAACCGGACUGCGGUGAGGCGGCCAGAGGAGGUGCGGACGGUUGUCGUGGGCAACCUGACUGCAUUCACCCUCUACUCCGUUACCGUGACAGCGCUCACGGGCGAUGAGACUGAUGCAGGAGGGAGAGGAAAGGCCUCCGAACCUGUGCUGAUCAGAACUCUAGAGGAGGAACCCAAAGACCCUCCUAAGAACCUGACUCUAACGGUUCUGCCCGAGGAGGUGACGCGUGUGAUCGUGACGUUCUCCCCGCCGGAGGAACCCAACGGCAACAUCAGCGCGUACCGCGUCAGUGUGUUCCGGAACGGGCAGCUGCAGUUCCACAUCGACCACCUGAACGUGAUCACACACGGCAACAACUCUCUCAGCGCGGUCAUAGACGGACUCAAGGGAGGACACAACUACAGCAUACGGAUUGCUGCAGUGAAUGGAGCUGGACUGGGACCCAGUUCAGAGGUGAAGCUUAUAACUGGAAUAAAAGCUCCACCCAAGCCCACCCGUAGACCCCAGCCAGCUGUGGACAGGGGAGGUGUCGUCAUGGUAACGCCCAGGAGCAUCUUCAUCCAGAUGCCUGCGUGUUUCUUUAGUGACGAUAACGGCCCUAUCUACAGAGUACAGGUCAUUGUGUCAGAGCCUGCAGUGAUGGACCAUACCAACCUGAGCAACUGGAGCUCAGUGUUUCUGCAGCAGCCUGCCCCCUAUGUGACGGACGGGGGCUUUUCCAACCCAGCAUGCACUGAGGAAGACGAGCGGCUGGCCCCGAACCCAAACGCUCACACACACACACACACUUAUAUCAUCGGGGAUGACAGUGACUGCCUCAGCGAGAAUGCUAACACACUCUGCAACGGGCCUCUAAAGCCCAGAACCUAUUACGUGUUUAAAUUCCGUGCCACCAACACCCAAGGGCAGCACACGGACUCAGAGUACUCAGAACGCGUGCGGACUGCAGAUGAUAAUGUGUUGACUCGUGAUGAGCAGAUUAUUCUGGGUGUGCUCUUGUCCUUCUUCCUGGCCUUAUUCCUGAUACUCCUCAUCUACGCCUCAGUGCGCAUCCACCAGAGGAAGUUGGAGGGCGGGACCUACUCGCCUCGGGAGGCGGAGAUUAUUGACACCAAGUUCAAGGUGGACCAGCUCAUCGCCGUGGCUGACCUGGAGCUGAAGGAGGAGAAGAUCAACCGGCUUCUGAGCUAUAGAAAGUCUCUCAAGCCGGUCAACAAGAAGGGCUUCCUGCAGCACGUGGAGGAACUGUGUGCCAACGACAAUGUCAAGUUCCUGGAGGAGUUCUCAGAUCUGCCUAAGCUGCUGCCAGACUUGGCAACAUCAGAUGCCGACCUGCCCUGGAACCGUUCCAAGAACCGCUUCACUAACAUCAAGCCCUACAACAAUAACAGAGUGAAGUUGCUCUCUGAGCCUGGGAUGCCUGGAUCGGACUACAUCAACGCCAGCUUCAUCUCAGGGUACCUGUGUCCCAAUGAGUUCAUCGCGACCCAGGGUCCUCUGCCGGGGACGGUGGCAGACUUCUGGAGGAUGAUCUGGGAGACGAGGACUAAAACCAUCGCCAUGCUCACUCAGUGCUUUGAGAAGGGCCGGAUUCGUUGUCAUCAGUACUGGCCUGAGGAUAAUAAACCGGUGACGGUGUUUGGGGACAUCGUCAUCACCAAACUCACAGAAGACGUCUUUCCUGACUGGACUGUUAGAGCCCUGAGAGUGGAGAGGCAUGGGGACUACAUGGUGGUGCAUCACUUCAACUACACCUCCUGGCCGGAGCACGGCGUUCCCGAGUCCAGCACCACCCUCAUCCAGUUCGCCAAGGCCGUCCGCUCCAACCGUGGCCAUGACAACACCACCAUCGUGGUGCACUGCAGUGCUGGCGUGGGCAGGACAGGUGUGUUCAUGGCGCUCGAUCACCUGAUUCAGCACGUGAGGGAUCAUGACUUUGUGGACAUCUACGGCCUGGUGGCAGAACUACGCAGCGAGAGGAUGUGCAUGGUGCAGAACCUGGCCCAGUACAUGUUCCUCCACCAGAGCACCCUUGAUCUGCUGACCAGUAAGGGCAACAGCCAAUCCAUCUGGUUCGUCAACUAUUCAGCUCUGGAGAAGAUGGACUCACUGGAUGCCAUGGAAGGUGAUGUUGAGUUGGAGUGGGAGGAGACCACUAUGUGAGUAGAUCAGUAAAAGGACUGGAAGGUCUCCUUUCACCCACCCAUGCCAGACGGGCCUCACCGGUCCACCACCUGAGAGGCAGCGCUGCUCUGACCUCUCACCUCUGACCUCAGCUGGACACCUGCACCUGCUGAACAGCACAUGACAAUCAACAUAAGGACUUUAGGACACUGGGGCCAAAUAUACUUACCUUAGUAUAUACAGUCCUUAUACCUCACCCAUACAUGCAUAAAUGGGCAUGCACCUCCCUACCUGCAAGAAUUAAU